GUAAUUUCAACUGUGAUUACUGCGACAGUACCGUUGCAGUAGCUGUUUAGUUUAAGCGAAAUACUUACUCGAUCAUCAUGGAGAACGAAUCGCAAAAAUCGAUAUGGUCUAUGCAAAAGGGCACGACUACCAUGUUUCUCGCCGAAGUGAUAGGCACCGCGGUACUUUUAUUUCUUGGUUGCAUGGGCUCCGUCGGUUCUAUGCAAUCCCCGAUACCUACGCAACUCCAGAUGUCCGUAGCGUUUGGUAUGACUGUCAAUGUGCUGAUCAUGAUGUUGGGUCACAUAAGCGGUGCACAUUUUAAUCCAGCUGUCACGAUCGGCUCGGUGAUCGUCGGAAUUAAAACUAUACCAACUGGUAUCGUUUACAUAGUGGGCCAAUUCAUUGGCGCUGUACUUGGAUUCGGAAUGCUAACGGUGGUGACUCCACCCGAGUUGCUUCACGCCGGGAAUCCGUCGGCGACGUCAAACUUUUGCGUGACUGCCGUCUACGAAGGCGUCAGUAGCGUGCAGGCGAUUUUAAUCGAGAUGGUUUGCACGUCGGUUAUACUUUGCACAGCAUGCGCUACUUGGGACCCCAGAUGCGCGAACGUCGCGGAUUCCAUGGCGAUCAAAUUUGGUUUUGCGGUUGUCGGUAUUUCAGCCGCAGCGGCGCCCUAUACUGGCUGUAGCAUGAAUCCUGCGCGUAGUUUCGCCCCUGCUCUUUUCUUAGGAAAUUGGAAGGAUCAAUGGAUUUACUGGUUCGGACCGACCGCAGGAGCUUUUCUUGGAUCGUACACUUAUCAGCUUCUGUUUUUGGAGAAGGAACCGAACAUGACUGGCGACGAACAUACUUUCAUAGAAAUGAAUUCGAGAAAUUCUGCCAGAUCGAUGUAUCCGGAACACGAUGACAAUAUAAAUCCACCCAAGGAAAAUAUUAAAGUGGAAAGUCUCGAAGUCGUACAAGCUUGAGAGGAUGAUGUUAACACUUAAAGACGAAUAGGUACGAAAUUUUAUACAUUUUGUACUUUGUAUCUGUUACCAUUGGCUGGUAACAGUCUUCCAUGAUGAUUCAAGUAGUUGAUAGGAACUGCCGGCGAUGGCACUAUAUCGAACCCAAUGCAAUCGCGUUCUUUAUAUUUCAUUCGAGAAAUAAUUUUGAUCCCGCUGCCCAUGUUAUUUGAAUUUUAUACAUGUACGUGAACGUUUAGUUGAAUAAUUACUUUAUUAUUUCGUUACGCUGUACAA